AUGAUUGGAAGGAUAUUUAUUGUACCCAUAAUUUGCAGUUUAUGUUCAAGAAAAUGUUAAAAUUUACAUAAUAAAUCUGAAGAUGAAGAAUAUCAUUUUUGUGAUUUAAAACAUUAUUGUUUAGAAAAAUGUGAUCAUUAAGGCAUUUGCAAAAUAGAAUAUCAGGUUUAAGAAGUUACCUUGAAAUCUUAAUAAUCUGAAUUUAUAUACGCAAUAUAUAAACAAAAAGAUAUAGGAAAAUAGUAAUGUAAUUUAGAGAUUCCUGCAGGUAAACUUAAACAUGAUGGAAACCAUAUUUGUAGAAUUGAAACCGAAAAAUACUUUCAUAUUUGUAAUUAACAAUGCCCAGAAUGUAAUGUAUUUUGUGAUUUGAGAUAUGGUCAUGAAGGAGUACACUCUUCUCAUUGGCAUAGAUAUAAAGAAAAUGAGGAUAAUCAUGAAACAUGCGACUAAAAUUGUAAAAGAAGAGGAAAAGCUCAUUUUCAUUUAAUUAAAUGCAAAGGUGGCAAUUCCUGUUUAGAAAAAGAUAACAAUUUUUAAAAUAAGGCAAUACACUCAAAAGAAAAAGAUAAUUUUGAUGAAAUAUAGUGUUUACAUUUUUGGUAACUUAAUUAAUGGGCCCAUCCACUUUAAAAUUUAAUUGAUUGA